AUGGCUUCAGGUGAUCAGAGUCCACCUGUGAUGAAAAUACCAUUUUCACAGAAAGACAGGUAUGACAGGAUUCAAGAAAUUUUUCGAAGUAAGUAUGACUGUGACCCAGCAUUCUAUGCCAGAGCACCAGGUCGAGUGAAUAUCAUAGGAGAACAUAUUGACUAUUGUGGUUAUUCAGUAUUACCUAUGGCAAUUGAACAAGAUAUUGUGAUUGCUGCUGCACCUACCAAUACUGGUCAAAUUACAUUGGUAAACACAGAUCCUGAAUAUGGACAAUUUAUACCGAAAGGUGCCGGAUUGUCUAGUUCCAGUGCAUUCGUAUGCUGUGCUGGUUUGAUUAUAAUGUAUGCAAAUAAACUCAAGAUUUCAAAGUUAAACCUGGCAGAAAUAUGUACAUGGAGUGAGCGUUACAUUGGUACAGAAAGCGGUGGUAUGGACCAAGCCAUUUCAUUCCUAGCUGAGCCUGUUCAUGCCAAACAUAUAGAAUUUCAUCCAUUGAAAGCGACUGAUGUGAAAUUACCAAAUGGUGUUGUAUUUGUCAUCUCAAACAGUAACGUUGUCAUGGAGAAAGCAGCAUCAUCACAUUAUAAUAUCAGAGUAGCAGAAUGCAGACUAGCAGCUCAGAUAAUUGCAAAGUCUAAAGGCUUAGAAUGGAAAAAAAUACGUUUACUUGGUGAUCUGCAAAAAGUAUUGAAUGUCAGCCUUGAUGAUAUGAUCGCCAUGGUUACACUCAUACUUCAUCAAGAACCAUAUUUGAAAUCAGAAAUCUGUGAAAUUCUUGAAGUCAGUGAAGCUGAUCUAAAUCAGAUGAGUCUUAGUGAUAAUACCCUGCACAUCACAUCAUUCAAACUCCAUGACCGGGCCAAACAUGUCUACGCUGAAGCAAAUAGAGUUCUGCGAUUCAAGCAAAUCUGUGAUGAAAGACCACCUGAUACCAAAAUGUUGCUUGGCAACCUGAUGAAUGAAAGCCACACUAGUUGCAGAGAUCUUUAUGAAUGUAGUUCCCCUGAAUUAGAUGAACUCACCAACUUGUGUAUGCAAGCUGGUGCAUAUGGAUCCCGCUUAACUGGUGCUGGGUGGGGAGGUUGUGCAGUUUCCAUGGUUCCAGCCAGUAAAGUUGGAGAAUUCCUUGCCAGAGUACAUGAUGGGUAUUAUGCAAAUGAUCCCCAAAAGAAAGCCAAAGUGGAGGAAAGUUUGUUUGCAACUCAGCCUGGCAGUGGUGCUGCAAUUUAUAUUCCAUGA